AUGUCUACCGUCAGUAAAGUUGCUGCUUACACUAUUGGGGAAAUAAUACUGUUGAUUUUGAUUGCUGCACCAACUAUUAUCCUUCAGUUUACUGCGCCGUUUCAAAACGGAUUCUUUCCCAAUGACUCCGCUAUCGCCUACCCCCAGAGGUCCAACACAGUGUCGAUGGUUUGGGCCGCUUUCUUUGGACUGGGAGCACCGUUACUCGCUGUGUUUAUAGUUGAAAUCUAUAUAUCAUAUCGUGAAGGCUUUCCGCGCGAUCUAAGCACCAAUAUUCCUGUGGUUAUUAUCCAGCUAUACAAACUACUUGGAUUGGUGGUCUUCUCAUUCGCUGCUGUUCUGUUAAUCGUUCAAGUUGGAAAGGAAUCUAUCGGUAGCUUGAGGCCGUUUUUUCUUGAGGCUUGUAAACCAACGAACAACGUUGGCAAGGACUACCAACCUGUAAUUCUUUGUUCGGCCGAUAAUGCUCGGCUGAUUGAGGAAGCCAGAAUGUCCUUUCCUUCUGGUCAUUCAUCCGCCUCUGCUUGGGGUGCAGCCAUGACAGCGUUUUACCUACAAAUUCGCUUCCCAAAAUGUCCCAUACCAAUGCUUAAGGCCUUCUUUCAGGUUUCUGUUACCGCCAUCGCUUAUUACAUCUGCUUAACACGGAUUCAGGAUAACUGGCAUCGUCCAAUCGAUGUAAUCGUCGGUUCAUUGCUUGGCAUUGCGUCUGCUGCAAUGAUUGUACGAUAA